CUAAUGUAAACUUGCUAAAAGUGAUUGUCGAUGACACGGAUAUAGAAAAGCCUCGUAAUUUAGCUCGCUCACUUGUGAUUGUUGCAGAGUGGACAAUAUAUAAAUACACAGUUUGAUAAAGAACAGCAAAGAUAAGUCAGACUGCAGGUCUUGAGCCAUGUCUGUGUGCUCAGCCCUACUGACCCGCCGUGUAGCUGGAGGCGGCUGCAGGGGGUGGUGUGGUGUUGCUCCACAGCUCGUCCCCAUCAGAUCAGCCAGUGUAGCUGAGCCGGGCACAAGAAGAUCUGAUGAAGAACAACUCUGGGAGGCAACAGGGAACCUGCCGUUCUCCAGAGCCAAGACAGGAUCUUUCUUUCAGGAAAGGCCGGUGCUGAAGAACCCGUUUCUAGAGGAUGCCUUGCUCAGAGGAUACUUGAGAAGACACCUGCCCCAGGAGGCAGCUUUCUCAGACUUGUGUGCAUUUGGAGAGCGUGUGGCAAAUGAGGUGGACGAGUGGGGCCGAGAGUGUGAGGUUACCCCUCCACGCUUGGUGCACUUUGACCCCUGGGGUCGCAGAGUGGACCACAUCGUGACCUCCUCGGCCUGGAAACGCAUGAAAGACCUGUCGGCACAGGAAGGACUGGUUGCCAUUGGCUAUGAGAGGCCAUUUGGGGAGUGGAGUCGUGUGUACCAAAUGAGCAAGUUGUACAUCUUCUCUCCGUCCUCUGGUCUCUACACCUGUCCUCUGGCCAUGACUGACGGAGCUGCGAAGGUCAUCCAGUCCAUAGGGGUUUCGUGGCCAGCACAUGAAGCCUACAGUCGUUUGACCAGCCGUCAGCCUGAGCGUUUCAGGACGUCUGGACAGUGGAUGACGGAAAGACAGGGAGGCUCUGACGUGGCCAGUGGCACAGAGACGGUGGCGGUUCCCCAGACAGACGGUUCAUACAAACUACACGGCUUCAAGUGGUUCACCUCUGCUACAGACGCAGACAUGACUCUCACACUGGCCAGAGUGCAGGACAGAACAGGAGCUACCGCACCGGGCAGCAGGGGUUUGUCUUUGUUCUACGCGGAGGUGAGUAGAGAUGAGGGUGGACGGCUGAGGGGUAUAGAGGUUCAGAGACUGAAGGACAAGCUGGGCACAAGACAGAUGCCGACUGCUGAGUUACUGCUGGACGGGCUGCCGGCACACAGGAUCUCAGAGGAAGGCAGAGGUGUGGCCUCCAUAGCUAACAUGCUGACUAUAACCCGGAUACACAACAGCAUCUCUGCAGCAGCUGCAAUGAGAAGGGUCGUCCAGUUAGCUCGGGACUAUGCUACUCGCCGCACAGCCUUUGGAAAGCUUCUUAAAGACCACCCGCUGCACAUACAGACUCUCGCUAGGAUGGAGGUGGAGACUCGUGGAGCGUUCCUUCUGGUGAUGGAUGUGUGUCGUCUGUUGGGCCGAGAGGAAAGCGGCACGGCGACCCAGCUUGAUGCACAUCUGCUGCGACUGCUCACUCCUGUGGUCAAACUGUACACUGGGAAGCAGGCGGUGGCUGUGGUGUCGGAGGGUUUGGAAAGCUUCGGAGGACAGGGCUACAUCGAGGAUACCGGGUUGCCUGGACUACUUCGCGAUGCACAGGUCUUGAGCAUAUGGGAAGGCACCACAAAUGUUCUGUCUCUGGACGUGCUGCGCUGUGUGGCUCGUAGCUCAGGAAUGGUUCUUCACGCUUUCUUUACCCAUGUUAAGUCCCUGCUUGCAGGUGCAUCAAGUGUUCCUUCAUUGACCCCGGCGCUGAAAGCAGUAGACGGUGCUCUCUCUGAACUAGAGGACUUUGUUCAGGUAGCGGCUACGAGAGCACCCGGCUACCUGGAACUAGCAGCCAGAGACCUGGCAUACAGCCUGGCUCGCAUCUACACGGGUGCCCUUCUCAUUGACCAUGCAUCUUGGAAAGGAGCCUCUUCCUCUGACACCUAUGCAGCUCUCAGGUGGUGUGAACACGAUUUGUGUCCUGUGGCGACUAAACAGGCGAGAGGCUGCUAUGAUCUCAGCACGCCACCACUUGAUGCUGCGCUGGUAUAUGACGGGCCGAUCCAAGGCUGAAAGUUCACUGAUAACUGAUUAACUCACUUUAAUUCUGUGGCAGAUCUAGUAACUGUAUCCCACAUUGUAUUUAAUUGUGUAGAUGACUGAGACAAUGCUUCAUAAAAAACAACAACAACGCUUCUAUAUAAGCACAGCAAUCAAACUGAAAAUGUAGUUCUAAUAAAAUGUGGUUCUGUCUAA